GACUUUCAAUCAACUAGUAUUUUACACUACUUUCUACUAGACUUAAUCAUUAUCAUGGGCUUAUUCCGAAGUAAAGACAAAACUCGCCUUGAACCGCCUCUAACGACACUCCCAACUCCUCCAGACGAUGAAAGUAGGGUCUUGAACAAUCGCAAUAAUGAUUCCUUUAGAAGUAGCAAUAUCUCGAGCGCAGAUACUCGAAUAAACCAAGCUCAAAAUCAAAAUCCUGGAACCACAACGACAACUACAACGACAACUACCACUACGACCACAACAGUCCGUAGUGAUGGUUCAACUCAAGUUCAUACUCACCCAUAUGACCCUUCAAUCGACCCUCCUCCUGCAUCCUCAACUACUUACGCAUUAAAUGAGCCACCUGUUCCACCAAUUGGAACCCCUCAACACACUCAAACACCAGUACCUUCCGAACCAGAACAGUCCCUCCGAAGAUCAAGUACUGGUGGGGGUCGUGUAAUUCCCGAACGUUCACCACUUCGAAAUUCGAAUCCCGUUCCCCCUCUCGUGAUAGACCAUGCUAUGGACUCGAAUUCUCCCAAUCCCUCAAACAUCGCCGGCACGAACACUAGCACCACAAAUGCUCAAAUGAAUUCACAGGCCAACCAUGAUAUUCACGAUCAGAACUUAACAUCAAACACGAACACAACCAAUCCGCCUAGACUGCCAAUCAACGAGCAGCAAACGCCAAAUAGUCCUACAAAACCUAACGUCAAUUUUUCCCGCCCAGGAGGCAAACGAGAGAGUAUUGCAAAUGCUGCGAGAGGUAUUCAUGGAGCUGGAGAAGCGCUUAGGGGAAGUGUAAACUCGGCAAUCGCAGGAGGACUUAGGGAUCAAAAGGAUCUCGAACAAAACCAGGCAAUCAAAGAGCAGGGAAUGAGAGAGUUUACGAAUAGUGGCUUUAGAGAAAAGGCAGGGAACAGACUGAGGAGGAGAAGCGGAGGAAUUGCGAAUGGGAAUCAGGCUGGGGUUGUGGGAGGGAGAGUUUGAGGGAUCCGUGCGGUUGAUGAGAUGGACGGUGGAUAUAAUGCGGCUGUAACAUGAAUGGUAAGUUUGUAUCUAUGGAUUGGUGUUAAGGUUCUAGGCUGCGAGAUUUGGGUGCGUACGAACGAUAUGCGUUGCACAACAUGAUAUCCACUGUUUUAGUUCGCUUCAAGAAUCAACAAUAUCUGGAUGUAUCAAUCACAACAUUGACUCGGUGGAUGUGCGCCUGUCAAAUAAUACUUGCCAUUUUUUAAGAAUGAUCUAUAUCCAAUUUUAAUAUAGAGCUAUA